UUCUCCCCUGUAGCCGAACAAGAACCCAAGCCACCGAGAACACCCACCUCUUGAGAAACAGUAAAAAGCUUGAGUUUUUCCCUUCUUUCUUGUUCAAGAACAAGAUUUAGAACUUAGAAAUCCUCCCCCUGCAGAAAAUUUCAGAUCUGCUGUGUUUCCUCGCCCUCCGUCCGCUGCUCUUGGCUGUGUGUGGGUUUGAAUUCUUCAAGUUUCUGAUCCCCUGAUUUCUCCUUCAAUUCUCGUCGACCUCCCGAACUCGCAGCUCCGGUUUUACUUGCUGAAUUUUCUAGAAGUGAAACUCGAGGCCCAGUUAACUAGGGGGAGUGAUGAGCUAGAAGGCUAGUCAAUAUUUUGGACUUAGAUCCUUUUUGGACUUAGACCGUUAGCCACACAUGCUUAACAUAAAUGUGAAAUGAUAAAUCAUUUUUGUUUACUGAGUUUCCCUUGGUUAUAGCCAUGACUGUCUUAUAAACUUUUGUCCAUUUGGACUAGUGACUUUUUUGGUAAUUGAAAGCUAGAUAUUAAUUGAGUUUUUUUUAUUUAAGUUAUGUAAAUUGGUAAUUAUGAACACAGUAGGUUUCGAGCCUUAUGCAUUUGUGGGAUCCGUUUACGAGUGCACGACGUUUGUUUCGCUACUUAUUUUGGGGUGUGAUACGAUGCAAACCCAUAAGGUUUGAACCUCUCCCUUUAUAUUUUGUGGCUAUUUUGCUUCCAUUGUUCAUGUCCAAGUUCUUAAGCCCUUGUCAUCAAAUCAUGAAUCAAAGAGCCAAGGCCUGUAAUACAAGUGCACAAACUGA